AAAACAAUAAAUAUUCAUUGACCACGAUAUAUCCAAUUAUGCUAUAAAUACAUACAUAUUGAAUUAAACUUCUAUCAUUGCACAAUAUCAACCAAGUAGCAAAUCAAAGUAAUUCACAAAUGGAAGUUGGUAUACUCUUUAUGCUGGUCUUAUCAACCCUUUUCCUUUCAGGUGCUAAUUCAGCAACAUUCACAGUCACAAACAAUUGUCCAUUCACCAUAUGGCCAGCUACACUCACCGGAGGUGGAAGCUCACAAUCAAUUUCAACUGGUUUUGAGCUAUCCUCCAAAGCUUCAACCACUCUCACCAUCUCAUCACCAUGGUCAGGAAGAUUCUGGGCAAGAUCUCAAUGUUCAACCGACGCAGCCGGCAAAUUCGUCUGCGCUACCGGUGACUGUGCAUCUGGUCAAGUACCAUGCAAUAAUGCAGGUGGAACUCCUCCAGUUUCACUGGUUGAGUUCACUCUUGCAGCAAACAAUGGACAAGAUUUCUAUGAUGUUAGCCUUGUUGAUGGCUUCAACCUGCCGGUUUCGGUAACCCCGCAAGGUGGUUCGGGGGAUUGCAAAGCAAGUAGUUGCCCUAAUAAUGUGAACCGUGUUUGUCCUCCGGAUUUUUCGGUUAAGGGUUCAGAUGGAAGUGUGAUUGCUUGCAAGAGUGCUUGCCUGGCUUUGAAAAAACCCGAGUAUUGCUGUAGUGGAUCUUAUGCUACACCUGAUAAGUGUCCACCAAAUGCUUAUUCAAAGAUUUUUAAGGAUCAAUGUCCUCAAGCUUAUAGCUAUGCUUAUGAUGAUAAAACUAGUACAUUUACUUGCUCUGGUGGGCCAAACUAUUCCAUCACAUUUUGUCCUUGAACAAAUAUGUGACAUAGAAAAAACUAUCUAGAUAGGAAAGAUUUGAUAUGUUUCUUCAUAUAUUAAUGUAUUAUGAUGUAUGAUAUUGAUAUGAUAUUUAAAUUACAAAUAAAUAUUUACUAUCAAAUAA